UCCACCGAAAACCUAGUUAGUGCUCUUUCUGUCUUUGUAUUGGCUCUGUUCUCUCUGUUCUCGCUCCAUAGCUCUCCGCACCCUGCAGAUCUCGAUCUGCAACAAUGGCUUCCAGAAAAUCUGACAACCCCCACUCUGGCGACGGCGCCAGUCCCGGGAAAAUCUUCAUCGGAGGGUUAGCCAAAGAAACCACCCUAGAAACGUUUGUGAAUUAUUUCGAAAAGUAUGGCGAGAUAACGGACUCCGUUAUCAUGAAGGACCGUCAAACGGGUCGACCCAGGGGCUUCGGGUUCAUCACCUAUGCGGAUCCCUCCGUCGUUGACCAAGUCAUUCAGGAGAACCACAUCAUCAGCGGCAAACAGGUUGAAAUCAAGAGGACCAUUCCCAAGGGUUCGUCGCAGGCUACCGACUUCAAAACCAAGAAAAUCUUCGUCGGCGGUAUUCCAACAUCAGUAUCCGAAGAUGAGUUCAAGAACUUCUUCUCCAAGUAUGGAAAGGUGGUAGAGCAUGAGAUUAUACGGGACCACACCACAAAGCGAUCAAGGGGGUUCGGCUUUAUAGUAUUUGAUAGUGAAAAGGUUGUGGAUAAUAUUUUGGCAGAUGGGAACAUGAUUGAUAUGGCUGGUACUCAGGUUGAGAUCAAGAAGGCUGAACCAAAGAAAUCCUCAAACCCAGCUUCUCUUGCUCCGUUUGCUAGUGACUCUAGGGCACGUUCUUACAAUGAUGGAUUCGGUGGAUUUGGUGAUUCUUAUGGAAGUUUUGGCGGAAGUGGGUAUGGUCCUGGUUCUUAUAGGUCACUUGGUGGAGGGUUUGGGGGUAGGCUUGGUGAUUAUGGUGGGUAUGGGGCUGGAGAUGACUUUGGUGGUAGUUUUGGGGGCUAUGGUGGCGGUGGUGGUGGUGGCUAUGCUGGCUUUCGAGGAGAAUCGUCAUUUGGCUACUCUAGUCGCUAUGGAUCGUACAUGGGUGGUCUUGGUACUGGUUAUGGCAACAGUGGGUUAGGUGCAUAUGGACGAGGUGUUGGGGGCUAUGGGAGCUAUGGUGGUCCAGGAACUGGUGGGGGCUAUGAAACAGGCCCGGCUGCUGGUUAUGGUGGAGCUGGAGGGGGUGGAGUGUAUCCCAGUAGGGGAAGCUAUGGUGGCAGUAGUCGUUACCAUCCAUACACAAGAUAGUUUGAUUACUAAGCUUUGCAGUAGAAUUUGCAUGCAGGUUUAAGCAUUUUCUAGACACAAAGCACUUACUGCAGGUGACCACUAUCUAGAAGUCAGAAGAGCCACUAGCAUGUCUGUUUAUCUAAUGCUUAGACAACCGAAGGUAGAAACAACAUCAGUCUAGAGCUUCCCGAGCAUCAUCAAUCUAGAGAUUCCCAUCAGUUAUCAGCCUAUACGAUUUUAGAUAGGCACAUUGUGCUUUUGUGAUAUUCAGAUGUUUGCAACUUAGUCUGUCAAUUCUGGUUAUAAUAUUUAGUUAGAAUCGUGGUGGAGUUGUGUGAUUGUGUAUUAUUGUAGGUCAUACUAGAAAUUUGUUUGAAAGAGUACUUGUUCUCCAUCUUUCCUUAAGUUGUGUUUGGCUAGCCAAUGUUAAAGAUGCUGACUAAACCUUUUCAGGUAAAACUAGUUGAUGCAGUUGCUGUGAUUUAGUUACAUGCCUAGUUAGAUCAUAUCCAUGAGAUAGAUCUUAAUUAGUCUCGAGAGGGUGUUCUCAUGUCACUCUUAAGGGCUCUUUUGACUGCAAUCCGUCUUAGCAUUCGGAAAUUGGAUCAUAGAGAGGCAGAUUUUACUAAUAUGAACUCUUUCUCUAAGACCCUUAAGAUGUUUAGUAGAUAUUUUCUCCAUGUACAGAGGGGAGUAAAUUCAGAAACUACAUGACGUUGCCAGUUAGACAUUUUAUAUCCGGUGAUACCUCUGCACUUAAAUAUGAGGAAAGUUAACUAGUUUCAAACUUCUCAAGAAUAUUAAGUCAUUUAAUGUUUUCAUUUUCAUAUAAUAAAUAAGUAUUUUAUUCUAAA